AUGGAGCCUCGCGCGCGUGCCGGCAAGAAUGUCGGCAAAAUGAACUUUUCCCACGCCGAACUGGCACAACUCCUCUACGCCCACGGCGACAUCAAAAACCCCAUGCCCGAAACGGUCCGCGUGCUCGACGAGAUCCUCACCGACUUCAUGCAGUCCAUCGCCUUCGAGGCGAACCGCGCGGCCAACUACUCUGGCCGGCAGAAGAUCAAGUACGAGGACUUUGAGUUUGCGUUCCGCAAGAACCCGUCCUUUUUGGGCAAGGUGCAGGAGGUCUUUGAGAAGCAAAAGGAAAUCAAAAAGGCCCGAGAGAUUCUGAGGGACGGCGAGGACGAGAUCAUGAGGGAUGCGGCGGAGGAGGAGAAGAGGAAGGAGAAGGAGGAGAAGGCAGCGCCGACGGCUGCGGCGGCCACAACGACCUCGACGACGAAAGCGAAUCGAGUGGAGGAGGAGCUGGGCGAGGCAGAUGAUGAUGCGGAGGCGGAGGCUGAUGCCUUGGGGAAGAGGAGGUGA